UCAUGUAUAGCUAUAUGAUGUGGCUACUGCAUAAGCGUUUCUGCUUGCUAAAUAGGAAAAUGAAGGAAUUGCUGCGUCAGCUGCAGCAGGUGACAAUUAGAGGCGACCAGUGCGAAGUGGACAUCUUAGCGCAACGGCAGUUUAUUGCCGAUGCCACUGAAGCAUUAUUGGAAAUUUCACGAAUACAUGCGCACCUCAGUGGGCUGCUGGCGCGCCUGAUUGUAGACUACCAACAGGACAUUUUAGCAAUGGUGUUUUUGUACAUUGUUAGUGCCAUUUCCUUUGGUUUCUUUUUGAGUUUGGUGAUGCUGAAAUCCAUCGAAUGGGAGCUAGAUUUAAUAGAAUUCUUGGUUUUAUUGCAUGCGGCAAUAGAUGUUGUUGACUUGAAUUUGAUUUAUUGGAUUUCAGACAGGACUAUGGCUGCGCAUGACAAAAUGGCGCAGAUAUUGCGUCGGUUCCAAAUAUUGCCGCCACUAGGUGAUGAGUUCGAGCAGGAGAGUGAGUUGUUCGCCUUGCAGUUGCAGCAGCGGAAAGGCGACAUCAAGAACGCUGGCUUAUUUCAGCUGAAUCGGGAAAGUGCGUUGGGAUUGUGGGUCUUUGUGGUCAGCCAAGUUAUCAUUUUCAUGCAAUUCGAUAUAGAAUCUCAUCAAACCGAAGGCGCUAAGACUCCAUUAUUGGAUCGAUUUAACCAGUUGUUUCGACAUGACGCCUGAGCACAGGGAGAACAACUCAUGUUAAAAAUCGAGAUUUCAAGAAAAUAAAUAAACAAUUUUCUGUAACUACUCUCUUGUUUGUUUCUGUUCAAAAGAAGGAUCAUUUCGGCCAUGGCACUCCAUGGUAGCUAGUACAACAGCUGGCGUUUCGAAGACUAUCUCGAGGUGUCCCUUCAUCAGCACAUAACUGAAGUAGCUGUACGAAAUGUUAUUAAUUAUCUGUAUAAAGAUUGCAGCCAAUAUUUUGCUGUUUGAAGUCGGCGUUCAGACGCAUGGUCAUCGCGCUCAGCUGUGCAUAUAUUUUCGCCAUUUGCAUCAGCUCCUUGCUGGCCAAAGCACUAGAUUUUUGCAGUUGCGUGGGCGCCAGUGCAGGGACUUAACCAAUUUAUUGGUAGAUUUAGCAACUUUUUAGCUCUAUAUUAUUUUCUAACAUUUUUACCAACAAAGGCUAAAAAUCUACCACUAUU